AUGCGCCGCUGCCUCCGCAGCAGCAAGAAGGCCCUACGCUGUGCCUCGAAGACUGCAGCCCCGAGAACGAGAUGCGUAGCCACAGCCAUCUGCCCAGCUCGCAGCGUCGCCACGUCCACGUCCUCGAUCCCGCCCCCCCUGCCCCUCCCGAAAACCCGACGCCUACCGACAACCCUGCACGCCCAGGCACAACCCUCCUCCUCUCUGCUCCGCCGCCGCGGCUACAACUCCUCCUCUCCUCCGCCCUCUCCCGCUCCGCCAACCUCGCAACCAGGCACCGCCGCCUCCGACCCCCCCGGGGCGGAACGGGAAGCCGCCCGGGUCCUGCAACAGGCGCCUACGCAUCUCAACGACAAGGAGCGCCAGAUCUGGGAGAUGCUGAUGCGGGAGCUGCAGUGCACGAGUCUCGAGGUGCAGGAUAUCAGCGGCGGGUGCGGCAGCAUGUACGGGAUCGAUGUUGUGAGUGAGCGGUUUCGCGGGCUGGGCAUGCUGAAGCAGCAAAGGUUGGUGAAUGAGGUGCUGGGCGAGGAGAUUAAGGGGUGGCAUGGGGUGCAGCUGAAGACGAGGGCGCCGUAA